AAAUUGGACAGCAUGAAGCGGCAGAUGAUAGAAACAGAGGAGAGGGAGAGGAGAGAGAGGCAGAGGAUUGAAAGAGCAGAGAGAGCAAAAAUGAGAGAUCAGGCAUGGCUGAUAGAUGUGACAAGUACGAGUCGCCGCCGCCUAUCAUCUGUUCGACAAAAUGCCCACACUAACACUGGUGAUGGCGAAGACAUAAUUAGCAGUCUACCAGACUCCCUCCUCUGCCACAUCCUCUCCUUUCUCCCAAUCCGAGACUCUGUCGCGACAAGCAUUUUGUCGAGCAGGUGGAGGCCUCUCUGGACCCUCGUCCCUAUUCUUCACUUGGACCAGAAACAACUUAUAGAGCCAUACCCUGAUGAAAGGAAUAAAAAAUUUAAGUUUGUGGAUAUAGUGCUAAGAAUCUGGACUCUUCGAAACGCCAUUUCCAAUCCCACCCCCCCACUACACAAACUGUUCAUUCAUUGGUAUCACUAUUGUCUUCCCUUCUAUGUUGACACAUUGGUCCGUGCGGCCAAUCUGCGUGAUUUGCAAGAGCUUGAUCUCCAUUUAUGUAAUUAUCAUCCUCAUCAACCUUUGGAGUUGCCCCGUAGUCUCUACUUUUCUACAACAUUGGUGGUUCUGAAAUUGGGGGCUGAUAUUCGUCUCAAUCCUCCUUCUGCUUGUGUGUUCCCUUGUCUCAGGAUUCUACUACUAAAAUGUGUUACAUUUGCAAACCGCGACUCUCUCUCCACCAUCCUCAAUGCCUGCCCGGUCCUUCUAGAUUUGUCCCUCCAUGUGGUUGAUAAAUAUUUGAAUAAUUUAGACGAGUUCAAUGUCAUUGUACUUGUAGCUACACUGAAAAGAUUACAUUUACAUUGGAAUGUUCAUCCUUCGUCGAAGUACAUAUUCCAGAUAAACACCCCAGCUCUCGAGUACAUUCAUUUCAGAGGUUAUUUGAACAGGGAUGAUGUGUUGGAAAAACUCCCAGAUGUGGUUGAAUGUGUCAUUCAAAUUGAGGAUUGUGAGAAGAGUGAUGAUUAUGCAAAGAGAGUAUGGGACUUCAUGGGAAAACUCUAUAAUGUUAUAUCCAUGGAAUUGAGCAUAAUUACCGCACUGAUCCUCUUCCAAGGUUCUAAUCAUGAAGAUAUUCCCACAUUUCAUAAUUUGUCCUGCUUGAAGUUUUGUGGUGACAUUUGGUUUGACUGGAAUGCGUGGCAUGUGGUACACCUCUUGCUUUGUCAGGCUCCAAAGCUACAAACACUUAACUUUGAACAUUCAAUCUUGCUUGGCCUUAAUUUUUAUAAACCUAACCCUUGCUUGGAAGAGCCACUUAAUAUUCCUGAAUGUAUGUCAUCACACCUUACAACGUGUCAUUAUAAAGGAUUAAGAGGGACUACGAAAGACAUGGAACUUAUUAGAAAAAUCCUGGAGGCAGCAAGAGUAUUAAAGACAAUGAAAAUCACCUUACGCAGUUAUCUAGGCUCAAAGAGAAAGCUUUGUGUUCACAAGGAAUUGGGGAAGUCUCAAAGGAGCUCUCUGAAUUGUCAAAUUGCAUUUGACGAUGGACAUUUCACAUGAUCUGGCAUUUUGGUUCGUUCCUCUUGGAUAUUGCAUGUCACAUGAUUUGGUUUAAUAUCUUUUGGUAUGGCCAUAUGCAUA